AUGAGUUCAUCGACUGCUGAAGACUUUCCGUCUUCACUGAAGCAACCGAUCCGUGAUCUGCACGAGUCGUUGGCUGAUCUCAAGCAAUGUCUGUACACAUUUAACACCAAUUACAAGACUAUCCAAAGUCUGGCAACUGAUCCGCUGUCCAAAGCCAAGAUCGAGUUGACCACUGCCUACGCCAUGAACUCAUUGUUUUGGAUCUAUUUGACCACAAAAGGAGUGAACCCUCAGGAGCAGCCCAUCAAGGAUGAGAUCUCGCGGCUCAAGAGUUACGCCCAACGCGUCCAACAGAUUGAAGACAAGCGAAAGGCGGCGAAAGUGGACACAAACGCCGCCAAAAGAUUCAUUCGUUCGGCUCUUUGGGAACCGAAAGACCAUUUGGACAGACAUUCAGACACUGAAUCCAAUUACAAGCGAAAGGCGGCGAAAGUGGACACAAACGCCGCCAAAAGAUUCAUUCGUUCGGCUCUUUGGGAACCGAAAGACCAUUUGGACAGACAUUCAGACACUGAAUCCAAUUGUAAUAAACGAAAGAUGAGUGACGAGUCUUGGAAUGAAAGCACGACAACCACUGAUUCGCCACACAAUUCAAGCGCUGAUCCCAAGAGACAUAAAAGACAUAAGAAGUGA